UCACUCUCAACGCAAUCACCACACGCAGGCCUUCCACCUUCAUAAUCUCCUGAUUAAAUCCAAAUUCCAUCGUCCCCUGUCCUCUUCCAAAUAAUAACCAGAAACUGAACAAUCGGUUCAUCAAUAUUCCCAAUUCGAUUAAAAUCCAACCCCACUCCAAAAAAAAAAAACAUUAAUUAAAUUAAUUAAAGAAAAAAAAAGGCAUGAUGUCUUCCAAAUCAUCAUCGUUGAUUAAACGGGUAACACCCUUGUUCACUUCUUGGAUUCGACAGAACCACAGGCUUCUUAGCUCUUCUGCUCUUCGCGAAGCUUCUUCUCUUGUUGAUGAUUCCAUUCACUUGACCGACAAUUGCAUCCGGAGACUGAAAGAACUGCAAACCAGUGAAGGAUCAGCUAAAGACAAAAUGCUUCGUUUGGGUGUGGAAACUGGUGGAUGUUCUGGUUUCCAGUAUGUUUUUGACUUGGAUGAUAAAACCAAUCCAGAUGACAGAGUUUUUGAGACAGAAGGAGUCAGAUUGGUGGUUGAUAACAUUUCAUAUGAUUUUCUGAAAGGGGCCACUGUUGACUAUGUUGAGGAGCUAAUCCGUGCUGCUUUUAUAGUGGCCGCCAAUCCAAGUGCAGUGGGCGGGUGCAGUUGUAAAAGUUCUUUCAUGGUGAAACAGUAAUACCUAGAAGCCAUUCCGUGUAACUUUUCGACAAGACCUAGAAAUCAUCAUUGUUCUGUGAACAUAUUGUUGAUGUGAUUUUUUUUUCAACAGCUAUUAUUUGAAUCAAGCUGUAGUCCCGAUUCCCUGUAUAAUAACAAUGUAAUGAGAGCUUUUAUGCUAUACUGUGAUAGAACUUAUCUAA